AUGACAUUUGAGUGCUUACUAUAUGGUCGUAUUUCCAAUCCUCUAAAACCAAAGUUAUUUGAACGACUCAUGGGAAUAUGUGGUAAAGAACCUGUCGAUAUCUUUGAGUUGGAAUUUGGUUUCGUUCCGACCCUUCAGACUCCCGUGGGACCGGCGCGUAAUGAGGACGUUUUACUCAGACUAAAGUCUCCACUUGACGAAAAAGAUUUGAGUCAACGUCAAUGGCAAUUAUGUCAAAUUGGACACCCUGAAACAACAGAGAAAAAAGUUACAGUUCGUCGUGUUAUAUAUUCACGUAUAACACAAGGAAACACGUUUGCAUUUGAAUUCGUAAGAAAAGGAAGUGUAUUUAUUUAUGAAGAUAUUAUAAAAAUAUCUAUUACUCAAAUAUAUGAGCUAGAAAACUUACACGACCCAACUUCCCUCAAACCAUUCGAUCCUCAAAAUUUCUGGGUUGUAGAGGUUUUGACUUUCUCAAAUGAACCGGAUGUCCCGCUGAAAGCCAGUGAAUUAGAAAAGUUGGCCUCUAAUUUGACCGAUCAAACCAGAACCCAGCAACGAUAUCUACGGUUUCGAAAUUUUCAUGCUGCGCAUUUUAGUCGUCCGCGUCAAGAGUUUUUUCUUCAUGCUUUGAAUCCUACUAGUCCUCCUUGGACUCUUUGGAAUAUUAACAGAGACGAAGAAUGGGAACAAGAAGGUGAACAAGAAAUUGCUGAUGAUGUAUAUUAUGAGGAAGGUCACGAAAAUAAUGGCUGGAAAGAAGAGGAGGAAGAAGAAAAUGUAGAGUUUGUAUUGAGCGAAGAGGCUAUUGCAAUGUUUCGAUUUUCGGAGCUACGAAAACUUGAGCUUGAAAAAGAAUACUCGAAAAUCGAAAAAGUUUCUAUCAAAAACCAGAACAAUAGUCAGAUUAAGGAAAUCUCUUCUGAAGAAGAGAUAUGUAUCGAAGAACCUCAUCCAUCGUAUAUUCGGCCGACCCCAUUUUCUCGCGAGCAGAUGCGAGAAUUAUAUGGUGAAGAUGGGUAUCAGAGUAUCGAGUGUUUGGAGGCUGCGGUGAAUGCUACUUUUGAGCAAAGUUUUCUUAAACAUAAUAGUCAAAAGUCGACUGUUGAUAACAAUAAUAAUAUUAUUAAAGAGGAAGAAGAGAUGAAUGUGGUUUAUUGGCCUGUUUUGCCAUUACGCUUUGUAUAA